AUGAUGCAGGCCAAUCUUAACGAGGCUAAUGCUGAGCCGACUGCUCCUGAGGACGCUUCGGCGGCCCCAGUAGCCACUACGUCACCGAAUGAGUGCGCGGAGGGGACUGCUGAAACUUCGAACCAAGCCGUGAAGGAGCCGGCGCCGGCACAAGAGCCUGUGGUGCAGUGGAAGAUAGAAUGGCGGUUCCAAGCAGCAAAGGAAGGGACGGAUGAAGUGGUCCUCAAUGAAGUAUCUUCGGAAGAGACUAAAGUCGGUGAUCUGCUGGAGGCGUUGGUCACCAACAAGUGGCGACGCGACUUGUCCAACACCGUACCAGAGUACAUCGAGGCUGGUCCGGGAAAGGUAUCGGUCUUUAUGAAGGUGCUAAUGGCUCACAAGCCCCACACGUAUCACGAUGAGAGUCCCUACAACAACACCGAACAAGAUCUUAGUCGCUGCAAUAAGUUCUGGCCUGUGGAUGUGAACAAAUCUAUCAAAGAGAAUUUGUACUACCGUGUUGUGGUGGAGCACCCUGUAUUUAUCGUCACUCUCGAGCCAGCUAAGUUCCCAGUUUUGGUAGAGGACGAACAACCAAUUUUGGAAGUCCAGAAAGAGGAGGCACCCGCCCCCGAACCGAGCAAGCCGGAGAUCAGUCUAGCAGAGGAUUUGCCCCCACCGGCUCCCUCCUCUGGCAAGGGUGGUUGGCAACAGCAUAGCAGCCGUAAGGGGGGGAAGGGCUUCUCUGGGAAAGGGCAGUGGACUGGUCAAUACAAGGGAGGCGGUCGCGAGUGGCAGAACAACAGCGGUAACGAUGGUUGGUGGAACGCCGGGAAGGGCGGAGGCAAGGGGUCAGAGUCGUGGUAUUGGGGGCCUCAAUAUCCACCACAACCGAACGAAUGGCAAGGAGGCAACUGGAACGCUGGGUGGAAUGCCAGUGGUGAUAGCUGGGGCCCUGGUGGUAAGGGUUCCUCCAAGGGCGGCGACUGGGGCCAAGGUAAAGGCGCUUACUACAAUAGCAGUAAGGGAGGUUGGUGA